UCUGUCUCUGGGAGUCCUCUCACCCCCUGCACCUCUGGUCUGUACCCCAGUUGUGUGUGCACAAAUAAAUACACCUUAGAGACAGGAGCCAGACUCCGGGACUACCUAGUGUUCUUCGGCUUCUGGAAAAGGCAAAGCAGUACGGCGAGGGUGACUAGGCCGGUGGCUGCCAGAGCUUCGAGACCCGACGCCACAGCCUGAGGGCCGGAGUGAGCAGCUGCCCUGCGCCCUCGCGGUGGUGACAGCAAGGCUCUCGGGGCCAUGGGCCAAAGAGGAUGGCCUUUCCUGCACACAGUUUUUAAAGUAGAUUUAGUUUUUUUCUCUUAAAAAGAUAAACGCGUCAAAGGCAGGUGCUAAAACUCAACUGCAGGUGGAGUCAGGCCUGCGCCCUGCCGGAGCCUCCGCCCCCCAGGCCGCGGGCUGCGACCUAGCGGUCCGGCCAGCACACUGUCCACCGGGCUGCCCCGCGCGGACAGGCCCGAGCCACUAACGUGCAGCCCGCUCGCAGGGCUCCAGCGGGGACGAGCGGGCCAUGGCCAAGCAGCUGGCCGGGCUGCUCUGUGACGGGGCGGAAGACGCUGUGGCCGAGGGCCAGGAGGCCGCCGAGUUCUGGGACCUGCUGGGGGGCAAAGCGCCCUACGCCAGCAGCAAAAGACUUCAGCAGGUCCAAGAUGUCCAGUCCCGUCUCUUUGAAUGUUCCAAUAAGACUGGCAGGUUCACGGUCACCGAGAUCACAGACUUCACCCAGGAUGACCUGAAUCCAGGUGACGUGAUGCUCCUGGAUACCUGGGACCAGGGAGGAAAAUCAUAUGAGCAGUUAAAAGCAGAGCUGGGGGACGCCACCGCUAUCAUGAGAAUCACCUCUCAGGAAGCCAAGGUUUUGACCGAUACACACAAACUCGCUCCGUCACAAGCCCGGAAGUGGGUUCAUUUCCGUCUCCGUCUGAUCCAACCUAGGACAUGAGCACAGCCCUCUCCCUGGGUUCCGAGACCAGAGAGCCCAGUCAU